AUGGAAGGAUCGCGAAAAAGGAGAAAUCCUUCGAUCUACCUCCAAAAGACAAAUUCAAGUGUCCAAUUCAUGCCACCGCAGUCUUAUCCCCUUGAGCCAAUGGGAGAAGAAUCUUCCGAAGGCACAAUAGACAUUGAAAACCAACCGCGAUUUGAAGGCUCGGGAACGUUCUCAGGUGGGUGGAAGAAAAGAAUGACCAGAAAGAAACACAUCAUACUAGCCGUAUGCAUACUGGCCUCUUGGAUAGGAAUUUACCUUGCCGUUACAGCAUUCCACUCGGAGAAAACAAUCUCAGAACCCUCUUCGCGACACUCUCCUGCGCCCAGACGAUCGUUCACAAUCGAUAACGUUCUCGAUGGAGAAUUUGAUUAUCACGAUAUUACAUUCGAAUUUAUCAAGCCUGCUGAUGUAUUUAACUCAAAAGAUGUCGACUCAGGUCUUUACCUAGGUGUAGACAAGUCUUCCAGUGUUCACAGGUUUGUUGCCAAAAAACUUGCCGACGUAAAUUAUUACGAGGAAUUAGGAGAGACGUCUUUUGAGUACAAUGGCAUCGACUACACUGUGUCAUCGUUCAAACCCUCAUACAACCUCAAAAGAGCGAUUGUAGCCACAAAUUUGGAAAGAGAGCGCAGACACUCGUCGCAUGCAUAUUAUUGGCUGAGAGACAUCAAAGCAAAUACCAUGAGACCCAUAACUCCUUAUCCGGAUAGCGAUUCAUUGUUCCAGCUUUCUUUUGUACGUUUCUCGCCGUGCUAUAAUUUCAUCUACUUCGUGCAUGAGAAUAACUUAUACAUUCAAUAUAUCAAUGAGAUAUAUCCACCACAACAAAUAACAUUUGAUGGGUCUAGUACAAUAUUCAAUGCCAAGCCAGAUUGGGUAUACGAAGAGGACGUUUUAGCGAGCGAUGAAGCAAUAUGGUGGGCCCCCGAUGAUUCAAAAUUCGUUUUUGCUAAAUUUAAUGAUACGAAUGUCGGCAAAUAUGAGUAUCCAAAAUAUACGGAUGCUGGGCAAUACACCAAGCUUGAAUCAAUUUUGUAUCCUAAGCCAGGCACUCCUAAUCCCCAAAUUAAAAUUUACAUGUUUGACAUCCACGUAGGGACUCUGUAUGAGGUUGGCCCAUCACAAAAACCCACUGAUGACAUUCUAUAUGCCGCUCAAUGGAUAAGUCCCGACAUAUUUAUGUUCAAACAGGCUGAUCGCUCUUCGAAAGUAAUGACUGUGAAAACUUUCGAUUUGAAAAAGUCGAUGCUUAAUACCAUUAAAGUCGUUAAUGCGACAUCCUACAACGGUUGGAUUGAUAAGGUCAGAAAUGUGCAAAUCAUACCGCCAAAACCAUCUCUUGGAAGAGAAGAAUUCGGUUACGUUGACAUUCUCGUGGACGCUGACGGUUUUCCUCACCUAUUCUAUUUUCCGUCUGCCUUGUCAGGAUCUUGUCGGCAGAUCACCAAUGGCGCUUGGGAAGUAACUGGAAAAGGCGUUGUGGGGUAUGACCUCGAUAGCGAUACCGUUUUUUUUCUAGCCAAUAUGGUAGGGACUUUGUCUCAACAUCUCUAUUCGGUAUCUCUUGUUAACCAUAACAGCGGCGUUGAAACUCGUCAAGAUCCCAAUAAGGACGAUUUUUAUGAUUUUGAGAUGAGCUUUAGCUGUAGAUUUGCAACCAAAAAGUAUUUAGGCCCCAAUAAACCAAUGACUGAAGCAGGACCUUUAACAGCCCUCUUAGAAAACAAUAAGUCCAACGAAAUACUACAGUUGACUCAAAACGAAGAACUUCGGGCGGCACUAGAAAAAUACGAGUUCCCUAUAACUUCAUAUCAAAAAAUAUCCUUGGAAGAUGGACUUGAGAUUAAUUUCAUUGAAAUUAAGCCCCGAAAAAUGGAUACGAAAAGAAAAUAUCCUUUACUCGUACAGGUAUAUGGUGGCCCUGGUUCCCAAACAGUAGACACUAAAUUUAACGUUAUGUUUGAGGAGAGUAUUGUUUCAAGUUUAGAUGCCAUUGUCCUUAGAAUAGAGCCCCGAGGAACCGCAGGAAGAGGAUGGUCCUUCAGAAGUUGGGUUAAGGGUCAAAUUGGAUAUUGGGAACCGAGAGAUGUCACUGAGGUUACCCAGAAAUUUAUCGAAACGAAUAUUGAUAAUAUCGACCCAGAUCGGGUUGCAAUCUGGGGUUGGUCAUAUGGGGGAUUUGUAACUUUAAAGUCUCUCGAAUAUGAUCAGGGAAGGACAUUUAAAUAUGGAAUUGCUGUCGCUCCUGUUACUGAUUGGAGAUAUUAUAACUCUAUUUAUACAGAAAGAUACAUGGGGCUGUUAGACGAAAACGAAAAAGGAUACAAUGAGAUUUCCCUUAUCAAAGACAUAGAUGGCUUUUCAAAACUACAAAGGCUUCUAAUUAUGCAUGGUACUGCCGACGAUAAUGUACAUUUACAAAAUUCGCUUCAAUUGAUUGAUAGACUCAAUUUGAAUAAUAUAAGAAAUUAUGACAUGCAGUUGUUUCCCGAUUCAGAUCAUUCCAUCAGUUUUCACAAUGCUGGGAGAGUAAUUUACGGUAAGUUGUCCGAAUGGAUCAAAGACGCUUUCAAUGGUAAAUAUGAUUUUGUUGACAAUUAA